UCCCUGGUUACCGACCAUGUGAGGUGAGCCAAGACUGUAAUCCACGUCAUUGCCGCUCAGCAUGUAGGCCAGUUGUCCCUAGUGGUACAGGUAUGUGUGUCAGCCUUACUUUGUUGUAUACAAUCAUGUCGAAUCUGAACCGCUACGAAACCCACCCCAGAUUAUUCAUCUUGAACGGGACUGCCUUAACUGUGAUCGCUGCGUGUCGUCAGAACCAAGAUAUCGCCGUAUAGCUUUAUAAGACUACACAGACAGAGAUCCGUAUGUCGUAAGCUGGAUGGAGUGAGGGCAAGUUAAAGGAAAUUUAUCUGGUGCCAACGUGCUCCGAUUUUUUGAAGAUGGCGGGAAUGAAAAUGCAGUCAGUGGGUAGUAGUUUAUCUGUGAAUGACGAAUGGCCGAACGAUAUGCCAAAAUUAAGUCGCUCGAUUUCCACGAUAAGUUUAUCUUCUACUUGGAGUGUGACGUCAAAGCUUCGUGCGUUUGGUUUUACGAAAACCGUGAAACAGAAGUGCAAACAUGGAUUUGGGGGUACGAACGUUUUCAAGGUAAAGACAAUGCAGGGAAUGGGAAGCGUGCACACUGUGAAGAAGGGUUUAAACAACGAUGUUGUUACUCAGGAGAUAAACAGACGUGUGGAAGAAAUGAAACUGAAGUUUCGGCAAUCUAGAUUAGAGGUCCAAAGAAUCACAGAUUUACCCGCCGUGGAAUCUGUACUGCGUAAAAAUAUGCGUGACCCGUCUGGGGGUAGUUUGCCUGCACAAGGCGCGGCACGGAAGGACUCGAUUGAGACACUGUUUAAAAACCCUAUGUUUUGGUCAAAUUUUCUUCGAGGUGUUUACCCGAACUCUCUGCCCAUUGACGAACUAGCUGACAAGGACGAGAUCCGCUCAGAGACAUACGACACGACCAGAUCAAAUACUAACACUGAAUUGGACGCCUUCAGAGACAGAGAAGUAUGGCAUUCUAUCCAAAGUUCUAAUAUUGCAUCAGACAAUAACAAGACUGAUGAUUUGAACACAGGUAGUGAUCUGAAGGAUAACAAGGAAACUGGGGAAAUAUUUUCGGAUUUAGAAGGUAGUGAUAAUGAUUUGUCCGACGCAUCUCAUCAGGAGGAUGUGUGGGGUCCAUUAUGUAUACCUGAGGGUAAAAGCGAUAUGUUUAGAACAGAAAGUGGGAAUGGAGGCUUAGAAGAUGCUAAAUACAAGGGUAGUCUUCAACCAGGAAACCAGCCAAACGGGUUAGAAACACUAAGUUAUACUUCUGCUAAUACAGAGAUGUUUGCACUUCGGAAUGAAAACAGUGACAUUGGGAAUCAUUUCAAGGGAGAGAAAUUACCAGAUGGAGGGCAUCCAUUUGUAACAAGAAAAGAGUCAUUGGCAGAAAAUCAAUCGGAUGUCAGUGAUUUCAAAUCUGAAUACGCGCUUCCAGCGUAUUUGGGGUUUAGGGACAGAGAUGGGUAUAUAUCAGAUGUUGACUCUGAAGUAAAUAGUGGGGAUGAUUUCAAGGAAGAGCACGAUAUCAGACAAGUGAAUGAUUCUGGUGAUGAAAUUAGGGAUAAAACUAGCUUAGAUUUUGACGGAGAGAUCAGUUUGAGAGGAAGCGUUGGCUCUGACGAUGAAGUUGGGAGCAAAACCAAAGUUGAUCCUGAUGCUGAAGUCACUGUUAGAGAAAGUGGUAAUUCUGAUGACGAGGUCAAGCUCAGAGGAAAGUCAUAUUCUUUUGAAGAAUUUGUGAUUGGCAAAGAAGUCUUGGAAAAUUCCGAAGGAAAUUGGAGUUUAAGGGUUUAUGAAUUUGGGAAUGUGGAAGAUGAAAAGGAAGAACAGUAUAGACCUAUCUUAGGAAGAUCACUGAGUGACGUGUCAAAAACUAGUGACGUAUUACCACCAUACAGCGGGUCUGGGCUGCAUCUACUGGAUUCAACGGAUCCCCGGAACUCUGACUCUGAACGGAGUCUAGAUAGUGUACAAGAUGGCGCGAUGUUUGAACCGAUAAGCACUUCAGAAAGAAUCCGCCACCUGUCGGACCACCGAGACAUGUACGCAUCUGUUCAUGAUCUCACGGCAUUGUGAUGUUCUGUUUUGUGGAGGUUUUCUUUGAUUCUUGUUUAAUGCCAUUGAACAUUUUAAUUCAAACAGGGCGAAGUAGGGGAAGUGAUCGGGUCUGCACAUUCUGAAUGAGGUAGGACUGUUUGUAUAUGUGUAGUUAGCCUGAAGGUUUGCUUUGAAUCAACAAGUCAUACCUUUGUAAUUCUAUCUGUAGAUGUACCGGCAUCCUUACUCAAUUUUAUAUGUCAAGGAUUUAUCCGGUCAAAUCAACAAUUCAUUUUGUACCUUUCAGGUGCAUGUAUGUACCCGUGUAGUCAUGGCAAUACCUUGACUUUAACUAUGUCGUUUGCUGAAUGGAGUACUUUCAUUUUAAAAGAACAAAUCUGACAAAAUGUCUGUCACAUGUCAGUUAAGAUCUGUGUCCUAUAGGGCGUUGGAUUUCUUGUAGAAAUCACACAGUGAAAACUCAGCAGAUGAAAUCGCCGUCGGUAUCGUCACCAUUAUAAAAAAGGUCAUCAUACCAUCACACAAUGAAAACUAAGCAGAUGAAAUCGCCGUCGGUAUUGUCACCAUUAUAUAAAAGGUCAUCAUACCAUCACACAGUGAAAACUCAGCAGAUGAAAUCGCCGUCGGUAUUGUUACCAUUAUAAAAAAGGUCAUCAUACCAUCACGCAGUGAAAACUCAGCAGAUGAAAUCGUCGUCGGUAUUGUCACCAUUAUAAAAAAGGUCAUCAUACCAUCACGCAGUGAAAACUCAGCAGAUGAAAUCGUCGUCGGUAUUGUCACCAUUAUAAAAAAGGUCAUCAUACCAUCACACAGUGAAAACUCAGCAGAUGAAAUCGCCGUCGGUAUCGUCACCAUUAUAAAAAAGGUCAUCAUACCAUCACACAAUGAAAACUAAGCAGAUGAAAUCGCCGUCGGUAUUGUCACCAUUAUAUAAAAGGUCAUCAUACCAUCACACAGUGAAAACUCAGCAGAUGAAAUCGCCGUCGGUAUUGUUACCAUUAUAAAAAAGGUCAUCAUACCAUCACGCAGUGAAAACUCAGCAGAUGAAAUCGUCGUCGGUAUUGUUACCAUUAUAAAAAAGGUCAUCAUACCAUCACGCAGUGAAAACUCAGCAGAUGAAAUCGUCGUCGGUAUUGUCACCAUUAUAAAAAAGGUCAUCAUACCAUUCACGAUUCAGCCAGUAAGGAGAUAAUAUUCAUAAACCAGUUAGUCACUAUGUAACACUCACCAUACCCUUCACGAAUCAGUGAGUAGAUAAUAGACAUCUCACCAUUCACGGAAUCAGCCAGUCAGUAGAUAAACAAGUCCUCAUACAGUUCACGAAUUAGUCAAUUAGAACAUAAAACAGCCAUCAUACCAUUCGUGAAUCAGUCAAACAACAGAUACCUGACACCACACGAUUCAUGAAUCAGUCAAACAAUAGGUACCUGACACCACACGAUUCAUGAAUCAGUCAUUAACUGUGAUCAUACUGGGAGUGGACCGUGACGGUCACUGGGAUAUAUGGCAAGAAUGAUUUGACGACACUCACGUGGCCGUUUGCACAGUCUCCCGUUCGUUGGUGACCACUCGUCUUCCACCAAUACUGUGUGCAUAUCUGUACGUCACAUGUGGGAUAAUUUGUCACUAGCGCGCAAAAUUUCUAUAGUGCUCACCGGGCACUGAAAAAUUAGAGCAUUAAGUAAAAAAUGAAAUGAAUAAACAAUUCUUGUUAUCAGACCUGUAAGUGGGCUCCUGGCCUGUUGGCUCUCAAUAUUAAUAAACCAUAAAUCAUACACCAAACAAUCAUGAUGAUGAUGUAUGAUUUAUGCAUGAUGACAACAGUCAUCCUGCAACUCACGAAUCAAUCAAACAUUGGAUAAGUCAUCAUACCAUUUACAGAUCAGUCAUUCACUACACACCAGCCAUCAUACAGUUCGGUAGUUAACAGCCAUAAUACAGUUCGGUAGUUAAUUGCCAUCAUACAGUUCGGUAGUUAAUAUCCAGCAUAUAAUUCACGAAUGAACCAAUCAUUAUAGUUAAUAGCCAUCAUACAGAUCAUGAACGGUAAUGAAUGGCCAUUUCACAAUUCAUGAACGAUAGUUAUCGGCCAUAAUACAUUUCGGUAGUUAACGGCCAUAAUACAUUUCGGUAGUUAACGGCCAUAAUACAUUUCGGUAGUUAACACCCAUCAUACAAUUCAUAAACAGCAGUUACCAUUAUCAAAUCAGGUAAUAGGUGUUCUGUAACCAUUGUACCUAUCACGAAUCAGGCAACCAGUGUUCCGUAGCAAUCGUGCAUUCACCAAUCAGGUAAUCGGUGUAUCAUAACUUUCGUACCAUUCACGAAGCGGGUAAUCAGACUGAAAACUCAAUAACCAUCGUGCAUUCACGAAUCAGGCAAUCGGUAUACCGUAACCGUCGUGCAUUCACGAACCAGGCAAUCGGUAUACCGUAACCGUCGUGCAUUCACGAAUCGAGCAAUCAGUAUUUCAUAACCAUCGUACCAUUCACGAAUCAGGUAAUCGAUAUUCCAUAACUAUCGUACCAUUCACGAAUCAGGUAAUCGGCAUUUCAUAACCAUCGUGAAAUUCAUGAAUCAUUUAGUCGGUAUUCCAUUAGUAUCGUACAAUUAUCGAAUCAGGUAAUCGGUAUUCUGUAACCAUUGUACCAUUCAUGAAUCAGGUGAUCGGUAUUCUGUAACCAUUGUACCAUUCAUGAAUCAGGCAAUCCGUAUACUGUAACUAUCAUACCAUUCAUGCAUCAGGUAAUCGGUAUUCCAUAACCAUCGCACCAUUCAUGAAUCAGGCAGUCGAUAUUCCGUUACCAUCGUACCAUUCAUGAAUCAGGCAGUCGAUAUUCCGUUACCAUCGUACCAUUCAUGAAUCAGGCAGUCGAUAUUCCGUUACCAUCGUACCAUUCAUGAAUCAGGCAGUCGAUAUUCCGUUACCAUCGUACCAUUUAUGAAUCAGGCAGUCGAUAUUCCGUUACCAUCGUACCAUUCAUGAAUCAGGCAAUCGGUAUACCGUAACGAUCGUAUACAGUCACGAAUCAGGUAAUGGAUGUUCUAUAAUCAUCGUACCAUUCACGAAUCGGGUAAUAAUUUUCAUAACUAUCGUAAAAUUCAAGAAUCGGGUAAUCGGCAUCCUAUAACUAUUGUACCAUUCACGAAUCGAUAUAAUUCAUAACCACCUGGUAUUAUUUUGAUCAUUUUGACAUGUAGCUUCGCUGAACUCACUUUACCAAAGAACUACAGAGUGAAAUGUGUUUGGUGUUUUCGAAAGCUGUAAGACGUGUGCUCUGUCAAAGAUACUACGGGUGUGUAAAUUUGUAGAGAUUUAUUGUCAUAUUAUUUUAUAUAGAUCGAUGUAUACAUGUAAAAACUGGUUUGGACAGAUUACGCGACACUCACGAAAAAAACAUUUGCAGGUUAACCAAACAGGGGACACAAGGAGACUAUUCUAUAUCCCAUGUGUAAACUCUGUCAUGAAUAUCGCUCUUCAUACAACAGAAUGAUCAGUGACAUAUCAUAAUUUUUCUGUGAUAGCAUUGUAUUUUGUUACUGUAUAUCCGAACAUUAUAUAUGAUCCAUACUUAAAAGAAUAUACAUCUGUAUCUUGUGAUAGAAACUACUAACAUGUGAAAUAAAAUUUUUUAUAUAUAUUUUAUGAUGGAAAAUUGUAACUUUAACCGGUACCGUUUCUGUAGUCUGGGUAGAUUAUAUUUGCCACAUUGGCAUUCAGGUAUAUACCGGACUACAUGUACAUACAAGGCCAGAAUAUAGUAGUACGUCCAGAUAAAGUUCUUAUUCCAUGGAACUUUCAUAUUUGGAAGAAGGCAACGUGUACAAUAAAAGUGGUGUCAUGUAUUAUAAAUUGAUUUCUAAUAUGGAAUGUGAUCGUAUACUAUACAUGUUGUAGACAGAGGAAAAAUAGCAAAAGUAUACUGUAUAAGCUAACCGUUUCAAAUAUUAGAGGUAAGUAUAUUUAGUACUGACAGAGCGAUAUUUGCUGCUUUUAUUCAGAAAAAACUUUGUUCUAUAAUAUAUUAACAAAUGGCUGAAGUAAGUUUGUAAAAAAUGUGAUGUGUGACAUAAUAUGCCCAUUUUUGUUAAUGCAAAGAAUAUGUGUGUAAAAUUAACAUUAUGGUAAUGCUACCUUGAUUGCCACGUGACAUAAUUCAAUCCAGCCUGUUAUCAAAUGAAUAUUUCUAAUGAUGGCAAAGAAAGUAUGUUAGAUCAGACUGUUAUAUACAUUGAAAGUGUUGUUGUUAUAGAUCUGUUGAUCAGGUAAAUCAAUAAAUGUAUAGCCCUAUAUGUGAUAUUAUGCUCGCAAUCGGUUUUUAACCAUUUGUAUGUUAUGUUGAUGUAAUUUCAUAUAUUAUAAACCUGUCUUCAUUUAGAGGUGUGUAGUGGAUAUAUAAUUAUCCAUAUGGUGAUAAUACCCAUGAAGGACAAGCAUGCUCCUUUUAUAUUUGCGAAAUAUUGUGCAUUGUUCAUUUGAUGACCUCAAAUAAUGUUAAUACAUGAAAGUGUAUGUCUGCUUUACGGUUUAAAUAAUAUUUAUUCAGAACAAACGAAUGUCGGGUUGGUGAACCAGCAGGCUUCUGGAUUCCUUCACUGUUCGUGCAUCCGUGGUGAUGUUAAGCCACCUUUAAAGAGCUUGUUUGUCCGUCUGCGCUGUAUCAUUUGUCUUACGCUAAUAUGAAGUGUGUGCAAGACAUGCAUAUACGUGAGUAACUUCGUCAGUGAGUCACCAAAGCUCGGUGGUUUAACCCGGGGACCUUUUAUGUAAUAGUACAGUAACCAAGAACCAAACGGUGUCAGGGUUUCUAAUAGGUCCUCUUGGCACGGUUUAAAGUUUUUGUUAUAUUAAUGAAUGUCUGUUAUAUUCAUGUUUGAACAGGAUAUUACAACUGUGCAGACGUUAAUAAUCUUACACCUUAGAUACUCGCCCAGUGUUGGCAUCCGUUCGGCCAUGUGUUUGUACAUGUACUUUGGCUUACUGACAGACAUGACCACCCCUGGCCAUCAAGCUUCCGUUUAUUGUUCUGAACCACGAGUACUUUUGACUGUAGGGUGAGGCCGGUUGGGGUGGUGUGCAAGGGGGGGGGGGGGUAUACACUCCCCCCUCCCUCCCGCACCAACAGUAUAUCGGCGAUGGGAAUAUGUUCUAACUAAUGCAGUUGAUAUAAAGCAAUGGUACUUACAGGAUUAAUAUGUGUUUGAAUAUGUGUACAAGUGAUGUUGAGUUAAUCGGAUCGUUGUGACUGAAUAUUGGAACAAUUUUUAUUUAUUGUAAUGUAUAGUAAGUCAUAAAAAGUAAGGAUAUAAUGAAGAUGUCAAUGUUUGGUCUAACAUAACGUAUGUAACAAAUCAAACAGAUCACUGGACGUACAUGUUGUUUAAAAGUACUAAAGGUGAAACUGCACUAAAACAUAUUUCUAGAAGUCCUGUCGACUUGUCGAGACAAGCAGCUCGUUAAAUGUACAACAAAAUUUUAUGAAAUGUGUGAAUCAUGAAUAAGGAUGGUGCUGUAUAAACUGUUUACAAUUCAUUUAAUGUUUACACUGUAAGUUCUGUUUGUUGUGAGAUAUUACAACGGGGCGACUACAUAGCAAUAAAUUUUUGU